AUGACAAGCCCCGUGAUUCCGAUCUCUAGCGAAAGCUCUGGCUCCAACUUCAUCCCGGCUUCAUCCACUCCCUACCUUCGCUCUCCACGCAACGCCGCGGUCUCACCUCCCCUCCUCCAGUGGUCAAUUGCCAUAACAAUGUCGCUCUCCUCCGCUUCCAGCACUCUGCUGCGCACCUGCGCCCGCCAGCAGCUGCCUACCGCCCGCGCCGCCGUCACCUCCUGCCAGCAGCGGAGGGGAGUCGCGGAUGCGAAGACAUCCUUCGACAGCCCCUUCGUCAACGCCGGCGAGCGUGGCUCCACCGUGAAGAUCCCCAACUUCAGCAAAUACAAGUCCAACUCUUCUCCCCGUACCAACCAGGUCUUCUCCUACUUCAUGGCUGGCACCAUGGGUCUGGCUACCGCCGUCGGUGCCAAGGCUACUGUUCAGGACUUCCUCGUCAACAUGUCCGCCUCCGCCGAUGUCCUGGCUCAGGCUAAGGUUGAGAUUGCUCUUGGUGCUAUCCCCGAGGGCAAGAACGUCAUCAUUAAGUGGCGUGGUAAGCCCGUCUUCAUCCGUCACCGUACUCAGAGCGAGAUCGAUGAGGCCCGUGAGACCAAGUGGGAGUCUCUGCGUGACCCCCAGUCUGAUGACGACCGUGUCCAGCGCCCCGAGUGGCUGGUCAUGCUGGGUGUCUGCACUCACCUUGGUUGUGUCCCCAUUGGCGAGGCUGGUGACUACGGCGGCUGGUUCUGCCCCUGCCACGGCUCGCACUACGAUAUCUCUGGCCGUAUCCGAAAGGGCCCUGCCCCUCUGAACCUGGAGGUCCCCGCAUACGCCUUCCCCGAGGAUGAGACCCUUGUCAUUGGUUAA